AUGGCUCUUCUAAACAUUAAAUCAGUUGAAAGUGAGAGUGCCUAAUUUAAAGAAUUAAAUAGUCACUUAUAAAUCUAAGAGUCCUUUUAAAAUUUAAAUGCUUACAUUAAAGUUAUAAAUGUUUAGAAACCAGGGAAUUUACAAUGA